AGCAGCGGCUCCUCCGGUCCGUGUGUCCGAGUGCUCGGUGCUGCCUGCGGACCCGGUGCAGCCUGCGGGGCCGCACAGGUGGAUAAUGAUGAUGUCAGAGAAUAUGGAGCAGAGUGAUGAUGUCAGCGUCCUGCACCCCCACGAUGUGGAGCCCCCCCGGGAGGACGACGGACACUGCCCCCUGCCCUUCAGGCUGCAGCUGAUCGACGACCUUUCCUACGAAGACGUGAAAAAGUGCUACAGAGGAUCAACUGUCAGCAAGUACAACUCUCAGUACCACAAACUGUUCCAGACGGUUCCUAAAGAGGAGAUCCUGAUGAAAGUUUAUUCGUGUGCGUUGUUGCGAGACAUCCUGCUGCAGGGACGACUCUACAUCUCCAGGAACUGGCUUUGUUUCUACGCCAACCUGUUUGGAAAAGACAUCAAGGUUUGUAUACCGGUGGUGUCGGUUCGUCUGGUGAAGAAACACAAGACGGCCGGCCUGGUGCCCAACGGCCUGGCUAUCACCAUGGAUACGGCACAGAAGUAUGUGUUCGUGUCCCUGCUGUCCAGAGACAGCGUCUACGACGUCCUCAGGAGGAUCUGCACUCACCUGCAGGUGAACGGGAAGAGUCUGAGUCUGAAGCAGUACCUGGAGGAGCCCAGCUCUCUGUCCAUGGAUGAGUUUCCGGAGGUGUUGAAGUGGAGAAGGAAGCCGUCUCUCCCUGCCGUGUCCUCGUCCCUCCCAGACCUGCUGGGUAGCUCCUCCCCCGGCCUCGUCGUGGACACGCCCUUCAGUACACACACGCUCACAGACAGCAGUUUGGAACCAGAGAAGAUCCUGCUGACAGAACCGGUACCUGAACUGGGUCACAUGGAGUACCAGCUGCUGAAACUCUUCGUCCUGCUCGUCUUCCUCCUCGUCCUGUCCUCUUGCUAUCUGGCCUUCAGAGUCUGUCGUCUGGAGCAGCAGAUGAGCUUCCUGAGCAGCCAGCCGACGCUGAGAGAAAGGUGUGGAGAGUUGCCCUGCUGGCUGGCCAAUCAGAGGACAGGAACCUGACACAUGCAGCCAAUCAGGGAGUAGAAGAAGAAACCCCUGCACUUACAUAGACUUCCCAUCAGGGGGCGGCGGUGAGCGGACACAGAUGACUGCAGCAGCCGUUAGCCGCUGGACUCUGACCCCGCCGCGACCUGGUUACCAUAGAGACGUCACGAUAGUCAACAGAAGCAGAGGGCCGACCUUUGACCUUUCUAAGGACAAGGUUACGUAGAGGUCACAUAGAGGUCAGGAGGCCGAAGCGACGACGAUGACGACAACAACGACGUACUGUAACAUAACGGAUGUAGAUAAUUAUUAAUGUGAGGCUGUGUGUGUGUGUGUGUGUGUGUGUGUGUGUGUGUGUGUGUGUGUGUGUGUGUGUGUGUGUGUGUGUACAGAGACUUUAUAGAAUGAGGUGUUAAAGGAUUCAGCCAAUUAAAUCACAGUACAUUCAUCUCGUUCCUCCUACGACGACGGUGUAAACGUGUACUUUGUCAACAUGUUACACCUCAGUCACCUUUAUUUACUAUAAACCUACAUUUCCCUUUUUUAAUAUAUUUGAGAGGAGCACACGUUACAUUUGGUUUCAAACUAACCCAGAACUAAUAUCAGGAACUCUCCCUGUGUUUCCACUUUUACUCCACCAGGGGGCGCUCGACUGUCAAAUUUCUUUCAGCUGUCAGAUAUUUAUUGUUCCUAUGUCGGGAAACACAAAGUAAAUAUUUGUGUUUACUGACAUUUUUAAUCAUAUCACAACUGAUUUUUUUACAAAAGAAUAUUAUUAAAAGUCAGACUUUUCUUUUUUAGAUCUACAAAGUGCCAGAAUUCAGAACAUCAUCUGUAAAAAAACACAAAAUAAUCAAUAAAGGUUCUAAAUUGAGUCUGAUUGCUGCCUUAAACUCACAAUGAAGCCUCUGAUAUCAUUUUUAAUAACAUUUUAAAGAAGCGUCUUCAUCUGAAGGUUGAAUGUCCCUUAAAUGUGAAUCUGAGUCCUUCUGCACAUUUCAGAUUAUGUUGUUUUUAAAAAAAUGAAUUUUGUGCCAAAUCUGUGAAGUGACGUGUUUUUAUGAGGAGAAUGUUGAACCAGAUGAGAUGGUAACACCUCCAGCUCCGCCUGUUGGAGGAAACAAACAGUGAGAGGUUGUUAAAUAAAGCUUAUGUUUAACAGACGGAGCAGAAUGAUGGAGGACAUGAUGGUGUUUGGAUGUUUGUGAAGAAACACAGAGUUUAACUCGUAUUGUUUUUCUGGUUGUAACAAAAAAAUCACCAAUAAACACAUUUUCAGCUCCUGA